AUGGCGACGAAGAACUCUCUUAAUAACAGAACCAAGGAGUCUAACCCUGAAAAAUCAAGCUUUUUCUCAGAUUGCUAUAUGUUCUCAAAACAGAUAGUAAACACAAAACUCACACCUUUUUCAUGUUCUGAAUGUGAAAAAUGUUUUAGCCGUAAAGAUACUCUUAUUAUACAUCAGAGAACUCACACAGGAGAGAAGCCAUUCUCAUGUUCUGAAUGUGGAAAAUGCUUUGUCACUAAUGCAAGGCUUGUUCGUCAUCAGAGAACUCACACAGAAGACAAACCAUUUUCAUGUUCUGAAUGUGAAAAAUGUUUUAGCCGUAAAGAUAUUCUUAUUAUACAUCAGAGAACUCACACAGGAGAGAAACCAUUUUCAUGUUCUGAAUGUGGAAAAUGUUUUGUCACUAAUACAAGGCUUGUUCUUCAUCAGAGAACUCACACAGAAGAGAAACCAUUUUCAUGUUAUGAAUGUGGAAAAUGUUUUAGUAGUAAAGAAACUCUUGUUAAACAUCAGAGAACUCACACAGGAGAGAAACCAUUUGCUUGUUCUGAAUGUGGAAAAUUGUUAGGUAGUAAAGCAACUCUUGUUAUACAUCAGAGAACUCACACAGGAGAGAAACCGUUUGCAUGUUCUGAAUGUGAAAAAUGUUUUAUAUGUAAACAAACUCUUGAUAGACAUGUUAAAACUCACACAGGAGAGAAACCGUUCUCAUGUUCUGAAUGUGAAAAAUGUUUUGUCAAUAAAACAAAGCUUGUCCUUCAUCAGAGAAUGCACACAGGAGAGAAACCGUUCUCAUGUUCUGAAUGUGGAAAAUGUUUUAGGCAGUGUUCACAACUUGUUGGACAUCAGAAAACUCACACAGAAGAGAAACCGUUCUCAUGUUCUGAAUGUGUAAAAUGUUUUGUCAAUAAAUCAGAGCUUGUUUGUCAUCAGAGAACUCACACAGGAGAGAAACCUUUCUCAUGUUCUGAGUGUGCAAAAUGUUAUAGGUGGUACUCACAUCUUGUUGAACAUCGGCGAACUCACACAGGAGAGAAACCUUUCUCAUGUUCUGAAUGUGGAAAAAGUUUUAGGGAUCACUCAAGUCUUGUUAGACAUCAGAGAACUCACACAGGAGAGAUCUCAUGUUCAGAAUGUGGAAAAUGUUUUGUCACUAAAGCAAAUCUUGUUUGUCAUCAAAGAAAUCACACAGAAGAGAAACCGUUCUCAUAUUCAGAAUGUUAA